AUGACUACAGUUUCCUCUUCAUCACAUAAUCCAGUAUCGAAUAUGAAAGAGAUUCAACAUUUAUUUAAAAAACAAGCUAAAAGCAUUUUUCCUCCUUUUCCAUCGUAUCCAACAGGUUUACAAUAUUUUAAUAUGCGUGUUACUCAACGUCUUCAUCGUUAUCGUUCAAUGAAAAGACGAUGGCAAGAAGUAUCAACAUCAGUUCAAAAUAUUUCUGCUUUAUCAACAACAUGUGAAUCUCCAAUAUCUUUGCCAGACAUUUUAACAAUUACACAAGAUAUAGUAAAAGGUGCAACUAGUUCAACACAAAAAACAUCUAUUGAAGCAAAAUCUUAUUGUAUUAAUGAUUAUAUUAAUGCAAUAAGAGUAGCAAAAGAUAAUAAAAACAAAAAUUCAAUUGAUCUUGAUCCAUUAAAUUCAAGAAUUCAACAAGAUUUGGUUAAAUUAAGAAAAUUAAUUAAAGUAAAACAAGGAAGAUAUAUUGAUAAGGGUUCUUUCAAAAUUCGUACCAGCAGUCGAUUAUUAAGAGAAUCGGUGAGUUAA